AUGGUCAAAAGGAAUCCUGACGUUCCUCCAAAAGAUAUCAAUAGAAAUUUAGAGAAAGAGUGUGGUCUUUCAUUACCUUACAUGAAGUUGUGGAGGUCUAGGGAGCAAGCUCGUGAAAGUAUAUUUGGUUAUGUUGAUGAUAAUUAUAAAUGGGUGCCUUCACUACAUGUUGAAUUGAUUGGUAGAAAUCCUGGUUCACAUAUCACAUAUAUGUUUGACCAACAUGACAAUUCAUUUCAGAGAUUUUAUGUAAGUUUUAAGGUGUGCACAGAUGGAUUCAUGUAUGGUUGCAGGCCUCUAAUCAGUUUGGAUGCAUGCCACCUCAAAUCCAAGCACUUAGGAAUGCUUUUAUUAGCAACCUCACUUGAUGGUAAUAACGGUUUAUUUCCUUUAGCCUUUGCUGUUGUUGAAACUGAAUCUAAGCAGACAUGGUUUUGGUUCCUUCAUAACUUGGGAGAAAGCAUUGGUACACACAUAAAACCUCUUGCAUUCGUUUCAGAUAUGGAGAAGGGCUUGGGCGAGGCUAUUAAAGAUGUGUACCCUGUAGCUGAGCAUAGAAUUUGUAUUCGUCAUUUAUGGAAGAAUAUUAAAAAAAAAUUUCAUUGUAAAGAUGGGCAUAAACUGCAAGGUUUGGUUUGGGGAGCAUUUAAUGCGUACACAACGACAGAGUACAAUGACAAGCUCGUUGAAUUAAGUGUAUCAUACCCCACCGUCUAUACGUACCUUAUCUCAUUACCUUACAAGUGGUCACGAAGUCAGUUUAUGUAUGGGAUAUACCACGGUACAAAUAUCAAUAACUUUGCUGAAUCAUUCAAUGCUUGGAUAAUGGAGGCUAGAAAUAAACCUGUUGUUGACUUAAUUGACAUGAUUCGUGGUAAACUCAUGGAACAAAGGGCUAGACGUAAAAUGACAAGUUGGAGUUGGCAAUGUGAAAUAAUUCCUUAUGCUGAAGAAUAUAUAAGAGACAUCACUACAAGAAAAGAACAUUUAAUAGUUCGCCAAUCUACUACUUUCAAAGCUGAGGUUGAAUCGUUACAUUCAAGACAUAUUGUUGACGUUGAGAGUAGAGACUGUACAUGUAAAGUAUGGCAAUUAACAGGACUUCCUUGCAUUCAUGCCAUUGCUUUCAUUGGGAUGAAGGAGCAUCCACUAUGGCAUACAUACAUUCAUGAAUACUUCUACGUGCACCGGUAA